AUGUUAUAAUAAUCACAAUAAAUUGAUUACUUAUAUAUUCCAACUAGUAAGAAUUUAUAAUAAUUACUAAAAACAACUACCUUCUGGACUAUUGGUAACAUAUAAAAUACUCAUUUAAUCAAAUCAUAAUUACUUAAUAGAUUCAAAAAUAAGAAUUAUGAGUUUGCUUUAACUAAUAAUGGCUAUUUUAUUAAAUUUGGGACUAAAAACAUUAAAUAUUGCAAUUUGUUGAAUAAUCUUUACAUAAUUACAUAUACAGAUAAAUACUUCACUAUAAGAUCACAAGAUAGGUCUAAAGAAUAUUAAGGGCCUAAUGAAAAACAAACUAGAAUUUGGAUAGAGUAUCUAACUAGAUUUUGUAUAAUUAGAGGAGAAUUCUAUAACAAAUUUAAGUUCAUUAAUUAAAUUAGUAGUGGAAACUAUUCGAAAGUAUAAUCAAUUUAUAUAUUAAUUUAAGGGUUAUUUAAUAUAAGAUAAUAAGAAUCGAUAAUAUGUUUGUAAAUCAUUUGAAAAAGCAGAUUUACAGAUGGUUAUUAAACUUAGAGAUUCUGUUAUAGGUGAAAUCUUACUCUUAAGAUAAGUAAAUCAUCCAAAUAUAAUUAAACUAUAUGAAAUUCAUGAAGAUUCUAAAAACAUUUAUAUGAUUUAUGAAUGGGCAAGAGGAGAAUUAUUUUAAGAAUUUUAGAAAAUAAAAGCAAAGAAAUCUCGUUUUACUGAACAAUAAGUCAGUCAGAUUAUGAGAUAGAUAUUUUUGGGAUUGAGUUAUAUUCAUUCCUUAAAUAUUAUUCAUAGAGAUAUUAAAUUAGAGAAUAUAUUACUAAAAGAUUAAAAUUAGAUAGUUAUUGCUGAUUUUGGUUUAGCAGCAAAAAAGUUGCCUAAAUUUGAAUUUAAAAAAUAUGGUACUCCUGGUUAUAUUGCUCCUGAAGUAUUGAAUUUAAAGGUUUAUAAUGAAAAAAUUGACAUAUUUAGUGCUGGUGUAGUAGCUUAUAUAUUAUUAACAUAAAAACCAGUAUUUACAGGUUCUACAAUAAGUGCUAUUUUAAAUUAAAAUACUGCUGGUAAAAUUGAUUUUGAAAGACCCUCAUUUAUCAAUCUAAGUAAAGAUGCUUAAUUCUUCUUAAGAAAAGUAUUAUCAUUAGGAGAAGAUCAACGUCCUUCUGCAUCAGAUUGUUUAGAAUCUUCAUUUCUUAAGAAUUAAUUCUAAUUAAAUGAGAUUGGAACUCCAAUUAAACCUAAUUUAGAUGUAUCCUUUAAAUUUAAUUAAUAGAUUAGAUUGAGUUAUUUAAGUUCUAGUAUAUUGCCAUAAUAGAUUAAUUUAUCCAAAGCUAAAAGAAAGUCUAUGAGGCAAUAUAUAUUAUUAAAAUAAGCAAUUAUUACUGAAAAAUAAAAAUAAUAAAUGUUGCCAUAAAUAGCUGAAUAAUAGAAUGGAGAAGAGGAAGAUAAUGAAAGAUUGAUAGUUUAAGAGAGUGUCAAAAAUGUAUUAAUUGAUAUUGAUCAUACAGAUAGCUGGUUCAUUUUACACAGAGAAUUAGAAGGGAAGUUAAAAUUCAGAUGAUUCAAAUGGAGAUUCUUCAGGUGAAAGUAUGAAUGGCUCAUCAUCUUCUGAAAGUGAAGAUGAUUCUAAUCUUUUUUUAGAGGAGGAUGACUUAUAGAAUUUAUCAUCCAAAAUAGCAGGGUUAGGUGGUGGUUUAUAAAUAAAAAUUAAGAAAUGA